AUGCGCUUCUCCAAAUCUCUUAUCAUCAUGGUCGCCGCGACUAUGGGUGCGAAUGGCGCGCCGUCUAGCAUGGACUCACGCGAGCAAAGCGCUCUAAGCCAGCCAGCAUUUGUGACUCGACAGGCUCCCCCAGCUAUUCCAGCUGCCGCUCCUCCUCCUCCUUCUGCUCCCGCCCCACAGGCUGAAGGCGACAAGAAGGGAGAAGGCAAGAAGAAGGGCGAUGGCGACGGAGAUCGCAACGGCGGGGAUCGUGACGGAGAUCGUAACGGUGGUGACCGUGGUGGACGUGACGGAGAUCGCGACGGCGACCGAGACUGCCGUGAAGAAGAUCGUGGACGUGACAGAGACGGAAGAUCGUGUUGUGUGCGAGGAGGACGUGGAGGAGGACGCGAUGGUGACCGCGACGACGAUCGCAAGAUUGCUCGCGAGGAUCGUAAUGGAGACCGCAAUGGAGACCGCGAUGGCGAUCGCAACGGCGGUGAUCGGGGUGGACGGGAUGGUGACCGCGAUGGUGACCGUGAGUGCUUCCGGGAUGGUGAUCGCGGUGGUCGCGGUGGCGAUGGUGAGAGACGCCCUCCUCCUCCCCCGGCCGGACCUCCGGGCUUUCCCGCCCCGUUCCCCGCCCCGGUCCAGCCCCGCCCCGGUUUCCCCGGCGCCUAUCCCCCUGGCUUCCCUGGCGCAUUCCCUCCCGGCCCUCCUCCUCGUGGCCCUGAUGGAGAUCGAGAUGAGGACAAGCAGAAGCCUGCCGAGGACAAGAAGUCUACCCCAGUAUAG